AUGAAGUCAUUCGUGAUGUGCUUAGCCAUCGCUGUAGUCAGUGUUUCCUGCGCUGUCUCGGAACAGCCGUGGUGGAACCCUAAUUCAAUCAGCCGCAUCGUCGGUGGUGUUGAGGUUGAUAUUGAAGAUGUCCCAUACCAAAUCUCGCUUCGGGGCUGGGACGGAUCGCACAUCUGCGGUGGAUCCAUCAUCAGUUCCCGCUGGGUCCUGACGGCCGGUCACUGUACUCCCUGGUCCGACCAAGGCUACAAGUAUAGCAUUCGCGCCGGAUCCUCCAAUAAAAAUAAUGGAAAAGAGUUCAAACUCAAGCGCAUCAUCAAACAUCCGUGGUACGAAGAACAUCGGGGGUUGUACAGCGUCGAGUACGACUUCUCCCUACUGGAGCUGAAAGAGGAGAUGCCGUUCGACUCGACUCGGAGUCCAAUCGACCUGCCGGCCCAGUAUGAGCAAGUUAAUAACGGAGCUCGGUGUCGAGUGUCCGGAUGGGGCGAUACGAAGACUUGGUCCGAAUCAACGGCGAUACUCCGGGCGGUGUAUGUCCAUGUGAUCGACCAGUAUCGCUGCAAUAGAACCUACGAAGGCUUCGGAAACGUAAGGCCGAGCAUGAUCUGCGCCGGAUACUGGGAAGGUGGCAAGGAUGCCUGCCAGGGCGAUUCCGGUGGCCCACUGGCCAGCGGUGGCAAGCUGAUCGGAGUCGUUUCAUGGGGAUAUGGAUGCGCCGAGGAAGGAUUCCCAGGGGUGUACUCGCGGGUGGCUUCCGUACGCGAUUGGAUCCGGGAGGAGACGGGAUUCUGAGAAUGGGGAGGACUUGGUUUGUAACUAUCGGCAUCGUAUGCAGUUUGCAGUAAUCGAUCGAUUGAAUGUGAUAUUGCGACUGUAUUGAUUGUGAUGUGAUGAUUG